UACAAAUGUCUAAGUUCUACGAGCAAUAUAAGGAUUUGUUCGAAGGAGGGUCUGGUAUUCCAUUCCCUUCAAAAAAUAGAAAAUUUAGUCAUAACUAUACUUAUGAUCUGAUGAAGCCAAGAAACUCAAUUUCUCAAGACCCAGUCCCCCAGAAACAGAGAGGGAAUUCUGUCUUUCCUAGUAAUAAUAUAUUACCAAGUCAGAGUAUUCAGGAAAAUAAGAAGUUUAAGCCCUUAAAGGCUAUUAAUUUCGAUCCAAAUCCGAGAUCAAGAGACCCCUUAAAAUGGAACUUCAACCGGGCCCUAGAAGAUCGAAAGUCAUACAAUGACAACUUCAAUAAAAUAAAUGCGCUCAGUCUUCCUUCAAUGGAUCUCAGCAAGCCAGAACAAAGGAUGAGAAAUUUCAGAGGAAUGGCGGAGGUAGCCAAACCUGCAUCCUCCUACACCCCAUUUGCUACACACGAAAUAGAAGAAAAGCCAAAAUCCCAGUACUCGUCCUACAGCAUCUCAGCACCUUACGGAAUGGAUGUCAAAGUCCAACAAAAGAAGCAAACUAGGGAUGAAGAAGCCUACAAAAUCCACACAAGAGCGAAACAUGGUUUAAGGUCUCACAGUCAAAGUCCUAUAACAGAUCACCCUAUCCGAGGCGCUGGGAUGAGCUACAAAGAAAUCCAAAAGCAUCGAGACCACGAGAUUACUUUGAAAAAUGAUGAGCGAAGAUUCGAUAGCAACAAGGCAAGGUCCCUAUUUGACAAAAGUGAAAUAUAACCAACACACUUGCCUUUAGAGUUAAGAAAUCCGACCUUGCAGAAGAUGCAAAGUCUCAUGCUGGCUCAAUCAGAGCUCUGCAUAACAGAAUGCUUGCUAAUAAGGUCAGAGGAGAGCAACACUUUAAAUUUGGAGACAACGAUAAUCCUCCUCCCACCAAAUCUCUUGACAAGAAGCUUCCUUAUGGGGAGCCAAGCAAGAAUUGACCUAAUGUACCGAUUGAAGAGUCCCUUAAUCGUAGAAAGGAAGCCAAGAAAUAUUUAAAAGAAAGACAGUUAAAAUUGAAGGCUUUACUCAACAAGGAUAGUCAAUAA